AUGACUCGUGCACUGCCACCACCAACUCCUGCAGGCGCACUCCCGACACACUCGGGAGAAAUUCCGCCACCAGUCCCAACGCCGGAGGCCCAAGCGUCAUCCCCCACUAAGGGUGCGGCUUGCAUCGUCUCACUAGAAGGCGACAUUACCGCACUGAAGGGCACGGUCAAUCAGAUGGCCGCCGACAUGGCCGAGCUCAUGGCCCUGCUCAGAGCUUCAAACCGCACCUCCUCAAACUCUACUCCGCCUCCGGGGUACGGGCCAACAGUCGACCUGAACCCCUGGGUCCCGUCGACCCAUGCUCCGGAAGGUAUUGAAGCGCCCGCAAUGCACGAGCCGACAAGCCAACCGGCCAAUGUCCUUCCACCAUCAAUGACUCUCUCGGCAGCCAAUCCUCUUCCACCGUCGGACCCGACCACGCUUGUACCACCGGCUCCUGUUUACGCAGCUCCUCCGCCGAUGGUCUUCCCGGUACCGAGCCCCCACGUUCUUGCUCACACAUCCGAGCCUCUCCCAUUCCAAGCUCCACAACCCCACAUCAGCUUUUCUUACCCAACUCUACCUCCCCUAAAUAUUCCCAUCCCUGAACCGGGCACGCCAACCCAGGCUGUCCCUAUAGCACCACCAACAAACUUUCUCCCGGAAACGGGGACUGAACAGGAACAGAGAUUGAAGAAGUUGAAAGAGAAUAUCCGAGCCCUACAAUCAGGCGGCUCCCGCCUCGAUACCGGCGACGGCGAUUGGAGUCUUUUCCCAGGUAUGCAGCUACCCCCAAAGAUUAAGGUGCCUGAAUUCCAGAGGUACUACGGCACGACCGACCCUCGUCACCAUCUACGUCACUAUCGGGGAAAAAUGCUGCGAUACUGGAAUUACGAAAAGUUCGUCAUCCACACGUUCCAGGAUAGCUUGGCAGGAGUGGCUCUUGACUGGUACAUGUCACUAAAAGCCGCGGAUAUCCCCACGUGGGCAGACCUCUCAAGCAAAUUCAUCGACCAGUACAGGUACUGUGCGGAGACGCCCUCGACUCUGCUGGAGCUCAGCACGAUGGAAAUGACCGACGACCAGGGCUUCGAGGCCUAUGCAGUGAAGUGGCGGGCUAGAGCGGCGAAGCAUGUCCCUCCGAUCAGUGAGGCACAGCAGAUCCAAUUAUUCCACUCCACUCUUAAAGGGGCCUACUACUUGCACUUGUUGGCCCACACGUCUUCAUUCUCCAACCUUAUCGACGCCAGAAAAAAGCUCGACAUCGGCGUUAAGCUCGGCAAGAUAGAAGGACCGGCCGAGAAGAAAGAGGGAGAGUCCUCGAAGAAGGCUGCUACUGGUACACCCUCUGCGGGAAACAGGAGAGGAAGAGACGCGUUCGUCAAUGCUGUUAAGUCAGGGCGCCAGGCCCCCCAACAGUAUUCCAUCAAUUACACGCCCGCACCACCAGCCACUCAGGCAUAUGCCCCACCUCCGAUGCAUUAUCAACAACAACUCCCAGCGCAGCAAGUUUACUAUUUCGCCUCGCCGGCUUCCUUUCCGUCGGCGGUCCCGCAGCAAUAUGCCCAUAAUUAUGACCCUGCGCCUCCUCCGAUUCAACAAAGUAGGCCCCCGGCUUCGAGAACUCCUCAACCGGUGCAACGGGCUCCGGCCCCGCAGGACCAACAGGGCAUCGCGACACAAACGCGGCGUAAACAGUUCACACCCCUGCCGGCUCCGCUCUCCCACAUAUACCGGCAACUCUUCGCCGGUAACAAGAUUCGAUCGAUAGCACCUAACCCUGAUUUCGACCCAACCAUCCAGGAUCAAAGUCGACGCUGCAAGUACCAUUAG